CUUAUUUUCCAAAGCACCGGAACGCAGAAUAAGAAGCAACGGAUAGAACCUAAUUAAGGAGAGAAGCAACCUGGAAUUAAGGAGAAACUUCCUAACAGUGAGAACAAUUAACCAGUGGAACGGCUUGCCACCAGAAGUUGUGGGCGCUUCAACACUGGAGGUUUUCAAGAAGAGACUGGACAGACGCUUGUCUGAAAUGAUCUAGGAUAGUGGUGGGAUUCAGCCAGUUCGCGCCACUUCGGGGGAAACGGUUGUUGACUUUCUGAGCAGUUGGGUGAACUGGUUGUUGGAAGAAAUCAUUAGGGCAGAAAACCGGUUGUUUAAUUAUUUGAAUCCCACCACUGGCCUAGGGUCUCCUGCUCAAGCAGGGGGUUGGACUAGAAGACCUCCGAGGUCCCUUCCAGCUCUAUUCUGACUGAGAUCGAUUGAUAACCGUUUAAGGUGCGGCCGCUGGUCAGUUCUGAAUUUACAGGAGCAUUAUCUUGCUUGGAGGUGGCUCAAGGGCGCGGCCAGGAGAACGCUACGGAGGUGCCACCAUCCAGGUCCUCACCCCAAAAUGCCACCCCGACCCCUCCCUCGGAGACCCUCCCCAAGUGGAGAAGGACGGUUCUAUUGUGUCUUUGGGCUUCUUUAGCCUGGGCCUUGACUGUCCCGUCCUGGAGACCAGGGGCACCCUCUCUGCGCUGGCUUGUCCCUUCGGAGAGGCUGGCAUGAUGCCAGGGCCAGUGAUUUGGCAAAGGUGGCACGUGGUAUCCAGGUACGUGUGUGGGGGGGGUGUUCGUCAGUGGAAAAGUACAGAGAGGACAGGAGGGAUUGGGGGUGCGGAAAGAGGGAGACGGGGAGGGCAUUUUCUCUUUAAAAAGGAGCCCGUCCCGCUCUCAAAAUCCAGAGACCGGGCGUAACGUCUGAUUCGACUAACUGACUUUGAAAGAAGCCAGCUUGGUAAAGAGAGGCCAGUCGGACGGGCAGGCAGACAAGCCAGGAUAAGAAAGCCACCGAAGUUGAAGCCAGACAAGCAUCAUGGAAGGCACCAACAGCGCACUCGAGGAGGCUAUCGAAACCAUAGUGAAGUGUUACAACAAAUACUCCAGCAAAAAACUCAUCGUGGCCGGAAAAGUGGGGAUCAAAAAGUCCGAGUUCAAAAAGAUGCUCCAAAAUGAGCUGAACCACAUCUUGACGAACACCCACAACAAGAAGGAGGUGGAAAAAGUGUUCAAGGACCUGGAUCGCGAUGGGGACGGGGUGAUCGAUUUCGACGAAUAUUGGGAUCUGAUCGGGAGCAUUGUGAAGCCCAUCGCCUGCUAUAUGAAAGAAUAGGUGGAAAUUAAAGGCGGCCGCUGAACCCAAGGAAAAUAAUCCACUGUAAUGACCCCAAAGCCCUUCGGCCGCCAUUUCUAUCCCCCUAAAUUCCCUGCAUUUUGGAGCCGCUAGUCUUAAGAAUACCCCACGUGGGGCAGGGGAAAUUCGGGGCAGGGGAGCCUCAGAAAUUAAGGGAGCUGUCAAACUGUGAUUUAUACUGCAAUAAAGCUUGGCGCCUCAAAACCCAGAAUUGCUUCUACUUUCUUUGUGAACUCUUUCUCCUCCAACAAGCUUCCGGUCCUCAUCGAGGACGGACGAGGCCAACUGUUGUCUCUCUGCAACAAAACGCACGUCGUCCCCCGACUUACAACGUCCCCCACUGAAGUUAAGCAGAAGAGUUUUUUAAAAUAAAAUAGAUUAAACAUUUACUUUUGUGGCCUCCCCCACCCCGCAUCUGGUGGCAGGGAGUUCCGGAGCCUAACUACUGCAUUUCCUUCCCCAAAAAAGCCAAUAGACUCCUUGGUGAUAGAAUCAAGAGGCAUAGAUAGAA